UUCCGCACACCAGUUGGCACCUAGCACUGUCAUCCAGCUGUCGUUGGGCCCUUGCUUCUUCAUUCCCUGGCGCUACCCGUUUCAUGUACUAAACAUGUCAAAUGUUAUUAUCUUGAUCUUAGUGUAUCUUCUCCAAAACGCGCACGGAAAAUGCCUCAACUCUAAUUCCGACAUUUACCAAGCUAUGAUAUCUACAACCGUCGAACCUUCUCUUGAAAACAUCACAAAGAAAGACAACUACUACAACAUUUCGACAGCCUUGUUCCCACUGCCAUCCCAUUGGUCCGAACGGUCCCAUGCUCUCUACAUAAGGGUUUGGGUUCAUUUUUUGAAUGCGUCCAAUACAGGCAUUGACUUUUCGAAAACUUUGAAAUUCACGUGGAGUGAAUCGUGUAUUUACGUCGUGAUUGAACCGGUUGCUACGACCAUUCUGUCACAUGGGACAAUCGUACUUCAACGAGCGACCGCUUCGCUUCAUAUAACGCUACCUCCAUUUUGCAGCAAAGUUAACGAAGACGCUGUCAAAGAAAGAAUGCUGAGUUUUAUAACCAAGCGUGAUGAUAGCGAUGAUACCAUGAUAGACAGCAUCGGGAAUCUUGGUGGAUUUCUCCAGUUCAGUGUGGUUGGUAACAUGCGGUUACACGGUAACAGAUGGACCAAUUGUGAUAUGCACCUCACGCGUUUGUAGCAUUGUAGGGUAACAAAAAUCUAUGGGGAUAUGUAUAAUACGAGUUCCUGUAAACGAGGUUUUUUCAGC